GCUAUUGUAAGGGGAUUGUUAGUGUCGCGAUUGUAACUCUUGCGAUCGUAAAUUACAAUCGUGAUCUUCUGCGAGAAAGUUAGAAAUAAUGCGUUUCAAUUACUUCCGGUUGUCUAGAGUUGCCUCCCCUUCCAAGCAGACGACGUGAACUAAAUUUGAGAUAAUGUCAGAGGAAAAAAAGAGUAGGCGGUCGAACUUUCAAGCCAGCGAGCUUGAUAUUCUUGUCGAAGAAGUGACACACCACCAGUCAACAUUAUUUGGAGCCUUCUCGGCAACCGUCACGGCGAAAGUCAAGGGGAGGCUGUGGGAAGCUAUUGCCGAGAGAAUCAACGCAGUUUGUGCGACUAACAGGCGAGCGAUGGAAGUUCGCAAGAAGUGGAAUGAUUACAAGUGUUAUGUCAAGAAAAAGUCCAUAUCAUUGAAGAAGGAGCAGAAACUCACAGGGGGUGGCAAUGCUCCCGCAAACCUCACGGCCAUUGAAGAAAAGGUUUUGUCAAUGAUCCCUACUUGUCAAAUUGAUGGAGUGGAAGGUGGCAUGGAAGUGGGACUUAAUGAUGCAUGUCCAGGAAUAUCAAUUAUCGUUAGUCUCCUCAACAUUGUUGUCAACGAGCGACUCCACACUGAAUACUGUAGCUUCUUCGACGUGCCCAUCCACACUGAAACCUGUCGCCUCCUCAACACAUACAUCAUCGACAAAAUCAAGGAAGAAGACCCCUUGGAGAAGUUAGUCGCUAUAGAAGAGAGGAAAGUAAACAAACUUGAUGAGCUGACAUCCAUAUGGAAAGAUUUCUUCCUCUGCACAAAAGCCUACCAAGACAGAGACUUGGCAAUUAAAGAAAAAAUACUGGCCAUGAAGGAGAAGGAAAAGGAAUUGUGUGAUUACAGUGUCUUCCCAACAGUCAACUUCCCUAACGAGUAUUGA